AUGACUCUGAGGAAGCUGGGUGGCCAGCUUCCCCCAGAGGAGCUUCGAGCCAUGGCCUUCCAGUACGGUGAUGUCGGUGUGCUGAAGGUGCUGGUGCUGGUGUUCACCUUAGCCGCAACCUGGCUUUUUGUCAGCACUUACGUCAACCACCCAAGUGUGAAGUCCAUCAGCCUGAGGAGCUGGAUGAGUAUGUUUUCCCAGAGUUCCAUAGCACCAUUGACCAACACCCCAGUGAUCCGAAAUAAGUGCAACAUUAAAAAGGCUUGUCCCAGCAACACCUUUGCCUUCAAAAUAGUCAGCGGUGCAGCCAACGUCAUUGGCCCUUUCAUGUGCUUUGACAACGUGACGGUUAUGAGCAACAUCAAAAAUAACAUUGGCCGGGGUUUAAACAUUGCUCUUGUCAAUGGGAGCACGGGACAAGUCAUCAAAUCAAAUGCCUUUGACAUGUACUCCGGAGAUGUUAAGCAUUUAUUGGAUUUUCUGAAGCCAAUUAAGAAAGGUACCCUGGUGCUCAUGGCCGCCUACGAUGAUCCAGCAACGAAGCUGAAUGAUGAAGCACGGAAUUUAAUUGCUGAACUAGGAAGCAGUUACGCUAGCAAGCUGGGUUUUCGAGACAACUGGAUCUUCAUUGGCGGGAAGGGAAUCAAAGACAAAAGCCCAUUUGAACAGUACUUGAAGAAUGAUAAGCAGACAAACAAAUAUGAUGGCUGGCCAGAGGUUCUGGAGAUGGAGGGCUGCGUCCCCAAGAAGCUGGACUAG